UGUUACGGUUCUCUUAUUCGUCCGAUUAUGAUGAUGGUUCUGGUUCUCGGUUCGUGGUACUCUUGGUGGACUCGGGGAGGAACGGGAACCCUCUCCACUGACGCACUAUAUAUACACACCUCCGACAAAGGGCACGCAACACUGUGCUGUUCACCUCCACCAUAUACGACCAAAUAUGAAGCCAUACUUGAUACCAUCAAUAUUACUGGCAAUCGCCACAUCAGGCUGGUGUGGUGAGGCUAAGAAUGGCGAUGCUAAAUCUAGCAAAACCGAAAAACGAGGACUGUUUGACAUCGGCAGCCAUCAUGGAGGAUAUGAUGGUGGUGGAGGAGGUCAUGGAGGAUUGAUCUCCUUAGGAAGUGGAGGGGGCCAUGGAGGCGGCUAUGGAGGUGGAGUGUCACUUGGAGGUGGUCAUGGGGGCGGAUUGAGUCUAGGAGGUGGACAUGGAGGCGGAUCGUACCUUGGCGGUGGAGGAGGAGGAGGAGGUCAUGGUGAAGGAGGAAAAAUCUCUCUAGUGCUCCUUGAUGGAGGACAUGGAGGAGGUGGCGGUGGAGGCGGUAGGUAUCAAGGGUGACA